UCCCAAUCCGUGGCCGAACGGCUCCCUGUUAGCGAGUUAGCCGACGAGCUAACUAGCGAUGUUCGAUUCCACGGAUCUCGUUACCGAUCCGACACCGAUACUUUAUCCAACUACACAUAAUGUGGUAAAUCCAUUAAAACAAAAGAAGAACAAGAAAAUUGUUUUUUUUUCAUAUAAGAGGCGAUUCUACAGUUGUAGGUUCAGAGCUUUAACGUCAAACUAUUGUGUUACGUUCCUUUCGUUUUUGUUUAUUUAGACGUAGGACGUUUAUUGAUGUAGUUGACUUCAUUUACAACAUAGUUGAUUUAAUACAACACAAAGACAAAAUGCGGGACACGAUCAUACUACUGCACAUUGUUUUUUAGACAAUAUUUCAGUAGUUUAGUUACUUUCACCGCGUUCCUGAUAAUGAGACACAGCACCUCAAAAGACUCCAGUAUCAAAAGUAUCGACAUCUUGGUUCGUGAAUCGAUUUUUAGAGCUUGACGACCUGGGUCCAGGUGUAUCGAUGUCUCAGUAUCGAUCCGCACCGCGGCUAACUAACGGUUAGCUUAGCUCGGCUCGGCUCGGCUCGGAUUAGUCGGGACUUCUUGAGCGGAGCUGGAGGGACCGGUCUAGUUCCUGUCGAUCCACUUUGUCUCAGCCGUGGGAGGCGAAGCUCUACCACCUCCUCCUCCCCCAUUUCUUUCUCCACUGAAGCCCUCCCUCCCCUCCCUCCACCCCAUCUCCCUCCCUCCCCCCUCCCCCCCAUUAAACAACACAAACACAUGCUCCCAUUCCACUCCUCCUCCCCCUCCCCUCCCCUCCCCCUCUGCUUCUCCUCCAGCCAGUGAGUUGAUUCUCGGUGAAGUAUCGGCUGCUCGUGUCAUGGCGCUGGAGGCUCCUGCUGCUGUUGUUGUUGCUGCCUCCCCCAGAACCAGAAGAAGAGGACGCGAGGGAGAACAGGAGGCGGCGUAAAAGACGAGUCUUCCCGUCUUGUGAUUAGUUUGAACCGGAGGAUGAAGGAGUUUGGGAUUCACUGGGGGUGAAACCACACGAUGUGGGACCGUCGCCCUGUCUCACCCUGGACCAGCAGUCAGCUCUGGAGAUAUUUGCCACCUACUGCCCAGAAAGCAGAGAUGCAGUGAAGCAUCAGACCAGCAAACUCUGACUCUUUAACACUUUUUUUUCUUGGUAUAGAAUAUUUUUCUGCCUCUUGGUUUUCUAUUUUUCCUACUUCCUCGUCAGAAGUGCCUUUUUUUCUAUCGGCCGCCUUCAUAUCAAAGUGUGUUUGACUUGACGCCCGACAAUCGUCACCUUUUAACGUCUGUGUAGAGAGAGAGAGAGAGAGAGAACUCGCCAGACUCCGCCUCCGCCGCCGCCGCCGCCAUCAUGAUCGGGAUCCAGUCCAAAUGGCGCUACCUAUUCAUGUUCCUGGGCAUCCAGCUGGUCGUCAUGGCGCUGCUGUCCCGGGAGGGCUACCAGAAGAGGGUCACCUACUUCAUCCGCAUCUUCCGCAAGCCGGACGCCUCCGCCGCCGCCGCCGCCGCCGCCGUGUCUGGACGCAACCACACGAUGGCCGGCGUCAACGGGGCCGACGUCUACGCAAACCUGUCUCACCUGUCCAGGUCCCACAGCCAGGCAGACGACAUGCCCUACUGCCCCAAGACCUCCCCGCUCAUAGGCGGACCGAUCCACGUCAGCUUCCCAUCGGGCCUGACUCUGUCCCAGGUGCAGAGGAAGAACCCCCUGGUGGUCCGCGGGGGGCGCUACAGGCCUCCGGACUGCGAGGCCAGACACCGGACGGCCAUCGUCAUCCCGCACCGACACCGCGAGCAUCACCUCAAGUUCCUGCUCUACUUCCUGCAUCCGUUCCUGCAGCGGCAGCAGCUCAGCUACGGCAUCUACGUCAUCCACCAGGCUGGAAACUACACGUUUAACCGAGCGAAGCUGAUGAACGUGGGUUUCCGUGAGGCCAUGAGGGAGGAGGACUGGGACUGUCUCUUCUUCCACGACGUGGACCUCAUCCCCGAGGACGACCGCAACACAUACGUCUGCGACUCCAACCCCAAGCACGCCGCCAUCGCCAUGGACAAGUUCGGCUACAAGCUCCCGUACAAGAUGUACUUCGGAGGAGUGUCGGCUCUGACUCCGCUUCACUACCUGAAGAUGAACGGUUUCCCCAACAACUACUGGGGCUGGGGAGGAGAGGACGACGACAUCGGAGUCAGAGUGUCUCUGGCCGGGAUGUACAUCACUCGACCGUCUCUGAAGGUCGGACGCUACAAGAUGAUCAAACACAAACUGGACAAAGGCAACGACGUCAACCCGAAGAGGUUCAACAUGUUGGCGAAGACUCGUCAGACCUGGAAGUUGGACGGGAUGAACACGGCCGAGUACGAGGUCGUCUCCAGGGAACACCUCCCUCUCUACACCAACAUCACCGUCAACAUCGGCACCGAGGCCGGCCUCCGCCCCCCCACGCCGACGGAGCGCCCCCCGAAGGACAAACCUGGGGCGGCCCCGGAGAAAUGAUCCGGGACGGUCCCACGUUAGUCGAGGCUGAACCAGCUCAUCUUCUUCUUCCAGUUCCUCCUCCGGGUGAUAAAAGCCUGAACUCUGCAGUUUGGUUCCUGCCUCCUCCUCCUCCUCCUCCUCCUCCUCUUCCUCCUCCUCCUCCUCGAGGGACCAACAGCUCGGAGGGAGGAGGGGGUGGGGGGGUGGGGGGGUAAAAGUUGGACUCUAUGAGUUUCUAAAUGAAUAAAAACGUGUAAAGCUGCAGCGCUGACGUCGCUGCUCUAAACCUCCAGAGGCCUUAGGAUGUUUCCCGUCUUUUUCACUUCUUCUUCAGACUUUAAUGGAGCUGCAGCCGCACUGUGCCACAACAGACUUUACUACUAUUAUUAUUAUCAUUUUUAUUUUUUAUCUCUAAGCCAAUGAACGCAUGAGUGAAGAGUUUCAAGCUGCUGCUACAGUGACUGCACACAAAUCUGACGCUUUGUUUUAAAAAGGGUUUUCAGAGAUAGAUGAAUAUAUAUAUUUUCCUGUAAAGAAUAAACGUUUUUUCCUUUCAGAUCAUAUUCUGGUAUCUGAUAUCUGGGUUGGGUUUUGUGGCUGUGAUCCCACGGUUUUCCGCACAACUAAGUCUUGUUGACUUAUUAUUUUUUAUAGAAACAUGGAGGUGUGUAAACGUCACAGCCUUUAUUCACCAGAACCUUGUAGAGACGAAUAAAUAAAUGAAGCUCAUCGCUGACCAGAGCUCCAACCUCUGCUCACUGGUUUCAGUCACAUGGAGACGGUUUCUGUCCUGUAUGGAAAUGAUCAAAUUAUCAUUUUAUUAUGUGGUGACGAUAGAAGCUGCACACGAACCAGACGUUUGUUCACUCCUCCGUUAUUUAUUUCAUUUUCUUUUCUCUAUAGUUCUUCUCUAGUUUUUUUUUUUCUCAGAGAGUUUGUUAGAAACCAAAGAAUGAGGAGUUCAGUGACUGAACAUAUCAGCGGUGAAGUGAUGGACCUUGAACGCAUCGUCUGACUCUACUUCCUCAUCUGUGACCAUGUGACCAGACGCCUUAAAAAUAAACUGAUUCAUAUGGAG